AUGGUCGCUGAAUCAGCAUCGCGACAACGAAGACACACCGGCAGAGGCCUCUUCUUCGUCAAUUCUAGCCAUCCGGACGAUGUCAAGAAAAAAGGCAUCCAGCGCUCGAUUCGGAGUCACUCCAUCCGAAACGCCGCCCUGCGAAGCCGGCCAACUCGUAAAGAGAGACCACAAGCAAUAACAUAUGCUCUUAAGGAAGUCUAUAUAACGGCAGAUACUGGCAUAUUCCAAGAUCGGAUCUUGUGCGAACGUUGUCCAAUUCCAAAGUCGUUGGGUUUGUGGCCCUUUCCUUGUGAAUUGCAACCCAGAGCUCAGGAGCUCAUCUACUUUAUGAAUGCGGAGUCAGAUUAUGUCUUCCGACCAUUUCGCACCGUCUGGUUUUCAAUGGCCCUGACAGAUGCCACUGCAUUUCAACUAUGUAUGGCCAAUGCAGCCAUGUUCAUGGCACAGCGGAAGCAGCCAGAUACUUUCGAGUACGAUACUGUGGGCUCUGCUACGCAUGACAUAUACCCGCAAUUUCCAGAAUACAUGUGGGAUCUCUCGCCACCUUUUCCGCACAGGCGAACACCAUUACUUGAGCAAAUUAUAUUCCGACUCGGAGAGAGCGACUGCGUUGCAAUGGAGUUCAUAAUAGAUGCAUUAGAUGGGAUUAGAUACAUUGCCGAAACCGUCAAUACCAGCCAGAAAGAACCCGAAUUUUGGAGACGGGAAGACGAUCUCAGCCCUCUUCAUAUGAUCGGCCCUAUCACGCAUACAUUACUCUCCGUCCCACGAGUCAAUCCGAAAGACAAUGUUAGUGUGAUGGGUUUGGUCUGCGAGAUAGCGCGUCUAGCCAUACUGAUUCUCCUAGCAGCCCUGAAACGGAUGUACUCGUUUUUCCUGAACGAAAUCGAAUUAACCACUUUAACAGCAAAGUUUUCUUCUGUUCUUUUGAAAUACCGGCAGACCCUCUCGUUAGGUCAACGUGAAGAUCAUUCGAAUCAUCUUCAGCUCUGGGCUAUGCUUACUGUCGCUGCUCUACAGCCAUUCACGGAUCGUACACUCUACGUGACUGAAAUUCGUAAAUGCAUGAAGUAUCUGGACAUCAAGUCUGCAACCAAUGCUUUUCAACUAUCCCACGACAUUGCUUGGAUCGAUGUUGUUGGCGGCACAGACUCAGAAAAUGAAUCACUUGUGAAGGAAAUCGAUAACGCAACGCCAACGCCCUGA